GUGCCCCUGUCCUGCUAAUUGCUGAGAUGCUAAAUGUAAGCACUGCAUUUGUAGUUUGGCAGAAUAAUCCAGAUCCAAGGAUUCAAGGAUACGAGAUCCUGGUAAAGAACAAUGAGUCGAGUAUGAGCAGUUUGGUAGAUUCACUUGUAUCAGAAUUAUAUCUAAAACUAAACGAACUGGACUUCAGACUAACAUAUCAGGUUCAGGUUGCAGCAGUUUCUGAUCUAGGUCGGGGUCCAUAUUCAGCUCCUGCUAAACUUCAACCUCCUCUAGGUUUACCUAUAACAAUUAACCAACCUGAUGCAGCAAAUGAUAAACUUGAGGGGGCUGCCUGGCUUAUCGCACUUAUAGGGUCCCUGACUUUUAUAUUGGUUCUGUUAGGGUCUGUUAUGUUUUAUUACAGAUGGCGGAAAAGUGAAUGUAAGAGAAGACGAUAUUUAUCUGCCCCUGGAGAUAUUUAUAGUUAUCAGGAGAAGCAAGGAGCUUGGGGGCAUAGAACCUGGGACUCAAAAGAGAAGGGGAGAGGGUGGGAGAAUAAGGAGAGAGGAUGGGGGGAGAAGGAGAGAGGAUGGGGGGUCUCUAUAGGGCUCGGGGGGGAGAAGGAAAGAGGGUGGAAUUCCUCUGAUUAUGAGAAAGAUUCAACUUCCUCAGAUAAAAAACUUCUCCCUAGCAUUUACUCAAGGCCUGAUUCUGAAGCAGAAUUUGGAAGCCGACAUUUCAACCAUCAUCAAGACAAACAGAGUGAUAAAGAAAACAGACAAAACAGCUGUUUAUCCAACGGACAGCUGAGCAUUGUGUCUGACAGACAGUUAGAGAGACAAACAGGGUUUCAGCGUAGAUUUGAAAAUCCCUACGCAACCACAGAUUUACUUGAACAAGCGUACAGAGAAAAUAAUAAUAAGAGCUUAGUCUGUCAGCUUGGAAUCCCUCCUCUACUCUGGAACAAGUCUAAAAAGGAAGGGGCACACGGCAGACGUUUUGCAAGAGAGAGUCAAAGCUUUGAUAAUUUAAAUUCCAGCAGACAGGAGAUCUAUGCCGGAGUUCAUCAUCCUCCGAACAGAUAUAGGAAAUCUAAUCCUAACCUUCUCGAUAUCCUUCCUCCGCCCCCAGUCUACGCUCCCCCAUCUUUACAUUACCAAAAACCUUCCCAAACACCUUCCUUGUCAUCACAAGCUCCCUCCCUUCCUCCUUCCCAAACAGUUUCCCAUCUCUCUCAAAAUUCGUAUAUUCCUCCCAACUAUAAGACAAGACCUUCAAGUCAAGAAUUAAUAAAUAAUAAUCAGGUGUACAGAUCUCGAGUUCGAGUUAAACCUAGUUUUUCCUGUAAUAGACUUCUAGACAGAACCCUUAGUGAAACUAGAGAUCAUAACAGAUUAUCUCGAGGCUCAGAUGCAACCAGUCUGGAGUACUUUCAUCAUCUACUCCCAGAUACAAGGAGUAUACAGAGUGUUGAUGGAGAGGAAAGAAUGGAGAGUACAGGAUGGACAAGUAAAUCUAGAGAAGAAAGAGAAGGAAGAGAAGAAAGAGAAGAACCUGUUGAGGAUAAGCAUGUUGAUUAUCUUCUACAGCAAGAACUUCGUUGUUUUCAUGAAGCUGUGACAAAUUUUAAUGAGGAACAUUUCAAAUUGUAACUACAUAAUGCUGCAGGAAUAUUUCAAAUUGUAAUUACAUAAUGCUGCAGGAAUAUUUCAAAUUGUAAAUACAUAAUGCUGCAGGAAUAUUUCAAAUUGUAACUACAUAAUGCUGCAGGAAUAUUUGCAAAUAAUUAACUUUAUAAUGAGACCUGAAGCCUCAAAAGCAUCAUCUUCCUUAUGCUUUUUAUUUAAAGCUAAAGUGAAAGAGAAAACAAAGUCUUCAUAAUGUCUCAUUUUAUUUUAUUCGCCUGUCCCCGUGAAAACAAUCUUUACUAAUCUAAGAUCAAACAAGAGCUUUCAUUUUCUUCUUAUCCCAAAAAAGUAUUAUAGACUGGCUUGUUAAACAAAAAAAGGAAUCGAGCCCUAGCGUGUCAAUUCAGUUUUUUUAACCCAGCUUACAGACCCUUAGGAUAAACCCAAAUAUAACAGAGAUUUUAAAGUAAAAGUAAAAUUUAACUUUUUUGAAAACAGCGGAAAAAUAAGACUGAGAAAAAGUCUUUUACAUCAUUAGUUUUAAUAUUUUAAAGUGCCUAUGUACUUACAAAGUUACAGUUUAUGUAUGGAUCUGCAAUUAUUAGAAAAUAAAUUUAGAAAUGUUGUCAUA